CCUCACCCCCCUCCCCUUCCGGCCGGGCGGGGCCGGGCUCGGGGCGGGGAGUGGCGGCAGGGCCGGGGCCGGGACCGGGACCGGGACCGAGGGCAGCCGGGGGGAGCCGAGGGCAGCCGGGGGGAGCCGAGGGGAGCCGGGCAGCGCAGCGCCGCCAUGUCCAAGUCGCUGAAGAAGAUGGUGGAGGAGAGCCGGGAGAAGAACCAGCCCGAGGUGGACAUGUGCGACCGCGGCGUCUCCAACAUGCUGGACGUGCCCGGGCUCUUUACCUUGUCUCAUAUCACGCAGCUGGUUCUCAGUCACAACAAGCUUACCACUGUGCCAGCAAACAUCGCAGACCUGAGAAAUAUAGAAGUGCUCAACUUUUUCAACAACCAGAUUGAGGAGCUGCCUACACAGAUUAGCAGCCUUCAGAAGCUCAAACACCUGAAUCUUGGCAUGAACAGAUUAAAUACCUUGCCAAGGGGAUUUGGCUCUUUACCAGCUCUGGAGGUUCUUGACUUGACUUACAACAACUUAAAUGAAAAUUCUCUACCUGGAAACUUCUUCUAUCUGACCACCCUGCGUGCACUCUAUCUAAGUGACAACGAUUUUGAAAUCCUGCCGCCAGAUAUUGGGAAGCUCACAAAGUUGCAGAUACUGAGUCUUAGAGACAAUGACCUGAUAUCACUGCCUAAAGAAAUUGGGGAGCUCACUCAGCUUAAAGAACUUCAUAUCCAGGGAAAUCGUCUUACUGUGCUGCCACCAGAACUAGGUAAUUUGGAUUUGACUGGUCAAAAGCAAGUCUUCAAAGCAGAGAACAAUCCUUGGGUGACCCCAAUAGCCGACCAGUUCCAGCUGGGAGUGUCUCAUGUUUUUGAAUACAUUCGUUCAGAAACAUACAAAUAUUCCAGAGUUACCAAUGAGGCUUGGAGGACGUUAACCCCAAAAUCCCAAGGAGAAAUUCUCACCACAUUGAAUGCAAGGGAUUGGAGAUUUAUGUUUGACUUGAAUUGAAGCUGGGAGUUCAUCCAUGUGCUUCCACUUGUAACUGGAAAGGAAUAGCAGCACUCUUCACAUCCCCUGCUCCGCCAUAUGCCAGAUAGUCUUAACUAUCUUGUUUGGCCAUUCAUUUGUUUUCAAUUUUAUACAUAACCCCCCUGUCUGGGCAUGAUGUUUCUGGAUUUUUAGAUUUAGCCCAUUGUGCAUGGUAUAACUGGGGCACUGAGAGCACUGAAUGCCUGUUACUGAGCCAAGAAGACUUCACAAAGGUCACUUUUGCUGCCACCACGGUAAAAAAAAAAAAUAAAAAAAUUGUGAAACCUGGGAAUUUCAUUCAACACAGAAAAUAAUUAAAGCUUCAAGACAACCAGCAGGACUCAAAUUCCUUAGCAAUUUCAGGAGCAGCCAGAGGAUAUAAGUUUGGAUGCAUUAACUCAUUGUGUCCCAGUGAAGCCUAUCGUCUUGCCUAAGGGCGUAAAAGUUAGCAGCAUUUCGUCUGAUUGAGUCCCACCAGGUGCAAUAAAAAAGAAGAAAAGAAGAAAAACUAAACCAGGAUUGAGCUCUUGAAAACAAGUAACAAUUUGUAGCUCUGCAGAUGCUCAAUGUAAGAUCAGUUGCUAUUAUGACAGUACAGGGGAUUGGUAUUAAACGCUGCCAGAAAUAUAUUGGAUCGUACUUAUAUAUAUAUAUAAUAAAAAAUAGAGCUUGUGAGUUAGCUGGUUUUUACAUAUUGUUGCAAAGAAAUGUGAACCACUUGUCCCUAGGUCUGAAGCUGGACGUCUGCAUGAAUUGCGGUGCUACUGUAAAUAUUUCUCAACACGGGCAGGUAGAUGCCAUCGGAAAAAACAGAACAAAUUCUUAAGUUGCCAAUAUUGUCACAAAGUCUCCUGGCAGAAUGAAGUUGUUUGACAAAGUGUUUCCCUGGUGAUUUGGCUGCAGAUGAAAAUGUCUUCAGCAAUAAAAUUCCGUGCUCGGGUCUCAGCUCUCUGUGCUCAUCAAUCAGCAAAUGACAUACCAAGGAUCUUUUUUUGCUGGAUUAGUUAAUAUGGCGGGGGAAAUAUGUCAGACAUUGAUAUUCCUUUGGAUUUCUGUACAUAGGGAUUUUUCCACUCUUUAAUACACCUUAUUU